AUGACCCGCAACAUCCACAUUGCCGUGCUAAACGUCGACAUCCCGGCACGGUCUCUCUACGAAGCCCGCGGGCUCUGCAGCGCCCACUUCCGCGAUGUGCUCCAAGAUGCCGCAUCAACCCUCAGCAGCCCCGAAUCCGACUCUAUCAACAUCUCCGUAACCCCCUACGAUGUCCGCGGCGGCCACUACCCCGAGCUUUCCAAGCUACGCACGUCCCAAACCGGCCCCUGCGACGAUUGCACCAUCGACGCGGUGCUCAUCACCGGCGGUACGCCCGCCGUCUACGAGAUCGCCCAGUAUCCAUGGAUGCAAACGCUCGCCAAGUUCAUCCGCACAGUCUUCGACCGCUUCCCCAUGGUCCGCAUCCUGGGCACCUGCUUCGGACACCAGAUGAUCGGGCACGCAUUGCUGCGCCAGCCGGGCGACGCGGAGCGGGAUGUGUUUGUCGAAAAAUGCCCGCUGGGGAUGGAAGUCGGCGUCCACACGGUGCGCCUGGACCGCGCGUUCACACAGGCCUUUCCCUUGACGCUUGGAAGCUUGCCGCGCAGUGAGAUGAGGAUUCAGAUGUUCCACAGUGACCGCGUGCUGGCUGUCCCGAAGGGAUCGCUGUCGAGACUGGCGGAUGUGCCUGUUUCGCUGCCAGCGCCGUGGGUCAACGUUGGCAGUACCCCGGCGUGUCCGAUCCAGGGCUUGUAUUAUCCGCAGCGAGUCCUGUCCGUGCAAGGGCACUAUGAGUUGGAUGCGUUCGGGGUAAGGGGCAUGUGCCACGAGUCGGCACACUUGCUGGGCUGGAAGGAUUCCAAACUCGCAGUGUUUUUGGAGCAGGUCGGGGCAGAUGCCGAAGGGGUUCCGAAUGAGGCGAGACUGUUUGCGUCUACUGUUGUAUGCUUUUUGGCGGGUCUAGAAGCGUCUUAA